AUGAAUUGCAGGUUUGACAACAACACGCAGAUUCUGGAUAUUUCCGGCAACAGCCUAACAUAUCUGAACAAGACGUCGCUGAGGAACAUGGGAGUUAUCUCCCUCACACAACUGAACGCGUCUAGGAACAGCAUAAGUGACAUCCACGGGGAGGCUUUCUUUGGUCAGAGCAAAUUGCAGACACUGGACCUCUCCAGUAACAAUCUCAGCUACAUCGAACCAUGGGCCUUUACACGAAAUCCUUCUCUCGAAUGGCUCUCACUCUCUGGUAACGGAUUUGGUAUGCUCCCUGAAGAAGGUUAUUUUCUUUACUCAGAUUCUGUAAGAGUGUUACAUCUGUCUGCAUGUAAUUUGCGUCACAUUCCAACAGAAACCUUUCAAGAUCUUCCGAAUCUUCAAGAAUUAUACAUUUCUCAUAACUUGAUCGAUAUUCUGCCUCCUUUAGGUACCGGGUUCCUAACUGUGCUGGAUGUAAGUAAUAACAAUUUGAGAGAUUUGGAGUCUGAUAUUUUCACUUCUUCGCCUAAGAUCAUUCGUCUGAAUUUAAGCUAUAAUGGACUGAGGACUUUGAAUAUAGAAAUGUUGCCUCAACUGGCCAAAGUAAUUAGAACUGAUGAUUUAAGUGGCAACCCUUGGGUAUGCGACUGUGUUAUGUUUAACACGACAUACUCCUGGUGUCGUAGUCAAGAACAAACAUCGCAGAAUGGAAAGGGAGACGAUAAUGAUGAAGGAAAGAAGUCUGGAACCGACAGUGAAGAUGCCAGGAAAAGAGAACUUGGUACAGCAAGUGAUGCUAGUGAUGCUGAGAGCGAGAAGAGACAUUCGUCUAAGAAGAAGCGAAUUGCUUCGAUUGGUUCUGGGGGCGAUGACAGUGACGCUGAUGAGGCAAAGGCAAGAGGCGAUGAAGACGGGAAGGAACAGAGUGCAGAUGCCGCCAUGUUGUUUGGAGAUGCAGACGACAUCACAUCAGAUGAGGUUGAACACGAAGCUCCAGGUCCAAAACGUGGUUCAGGGGAUGAGAGAGACAGCGUGAAAGAAAGAAGUCCAGACCCGGAUAAACACGACGAGAACAGGUCUUCAGUGCCUUUCAUUGGAGUUGAUGAAGCUGAGGAGUAA